GAGGGCGGGCCUGGGCAGAGCUCGCGAGAGGACAUGUCCGCGGCGGCGGCGGGCGAGGGAAUGUGCUGAAGCAGAUACUAUCAAAGGAAGAUAAAAUAUAAGUUUUAUCGACUAUAGCGUGGUUAAGAGACGGCUUGUUCUCCCUGUCUCCAGACGACUUAACACAAUGGAUCACUUAGGGACAGCGGAUGCUGAGGACGAUUCUGGAUCGCUAACACAUCUUGCUCCUAGUCCUCAUAGCGAAGCAGUUGCACAUGAGUUUCAGGAACUCUCAUUGCAGCCCAGUCAGUAUUUACCUCCCCUUAAUGAACGGAAGAAUGUACUUCAGCUAAGGCUACAGCAAAGGCGGACACGAGAACAGCUGGUGGACCAGGGCAUCAUGCCACCUUUGAAAAGUCCAGCUGCAUUCCAUGAGCAGAUAAAGAGCCUGGAACGAGCCAGGACUGAAAAUUUUUUGAAGCACAAGAUUCGCAGCAGACCAGAUCGGUCUGAGCUGGUCAGAAUGCACAUCCUUGAAGAGACAUUCGCAGAGCCUUCACUACAAGCCACUCAGAUGAAAUUGAAGAGAGCUCGGUUGGCAGAUGAUCUGAAUGAGAAGAUUGCUCAGAGGCCUGGCCCUAUGGAACUGGUAGAAAAAAAUAUUCUUCCUGUAGACUCCAGUGUUAAAGAAGCAAUUAUAGCAGUUGGACAAGAGAAUUAUCCUCAAGCUUUGGAUGAUUAUUCAUUUGAUGAAGACAGCAGUGAUGCUUUAUCACCAGAUCAGCCAGCUAGCCAAGAAUCCCAGGGUUCCACAGCUUCCCCUGGUGAGCCAAAAGCAAAUGACUCACCAUCACCAGUAACAUCAAAUGCUCCUACUUCAACACAGUAUCCACCUUUAACCUCUCCAGUUCCUGAAUUCCUUAAAACUCCCCCAACAGUUGAGCAAAAUGUCACACGUUCUACUACUACAACCACCCUAACCACAAAUACUGUAUCUGCAGCAAAGCCUGGGCCAACAUUAGUAAAGCAAAGCCACCCAAAAAAUCCAAAUGAUAAACAUCGGAGCAAGAAAUGCAAAGAACCUAAGCCAAGGGUGAAAAAACUGAAGUAUCAUCAAUAUAUUCCACCUGAUCAGAAAGGUGAGAAGAAUGAACCACAGAUGGACUCCAACUAUGCUCGUCUGCUACAACAACAGCAACUGUUUUUGCAGCUGCAGAUCCUGAGCCAACAGCAACAGCACUACAACUACCAGACAAUUCUACCUGCACCACUGAAGCCACUGAAUGACAAACAGAAUAACAAUGGGAAUACGCCACUGAAUACUUUGAACAACAGUACACCAACAUCAGUUGCCAGCUCACCAAGACAGAACAGUAAUACUCCUAGCAGGAAACCAGGACCACUACCUUCCAGCUUAGAUGACUUGAAGGUAGCAGAGCUUAAAAUGGAGUUGAAAUUAAGAGGAUUACCGGUGUCCGGAACAAAAACUGAUCUUAUUGAGCGUCUGAAACCUUAUCAAGACGUUAAUAACAAUGGGGUCACUACUAGUAGCUCUGUUGCAGUAACCACUUCUACUGGAGCUGCAUGUAACACUGCAGAGGUGACUGUGGCAUUUCCUGCUACAACACUAAACAAAACAGUGGUUAAUACUAUGUCCAGCUUUCCUCCAGAAAAGACAUCUACUGGACCUGGCAGCAAAGCAGUAAAUACUGAAAACACUAACUCUCCGUUGCCUAUAUCACCCGCUCCUUCAGAACAAUCUAGUCUAAGCACAGAUGACACUAGUAUGGCAGAUACUUUCACAGAAAUGAUGACCAUGAUGUCACCAUCCCAGUUCUUAAGUACUUCACCACUAAGAGUGAAUGUUAGUGAUGAUAAUCAGAAUCGUAGCAGUGGAAGCAUCUCAAGCAUGGAGUUUGAUGUAGCAGAAAAAGACCGCAAGCUUCAAGAAAAAGAAAAGCAGAUUGAAGAGCUCAAAAGAAAACUGGAACAAGAGCAAAAACUCGUGGAAGUACUGAAAAUGCAACUUGAGGUUGAAAAACGGGGACAACAGCAACUGUCUCAGACUUCUAGUAACUCAGCUGUUUUGGAUCAGAAGCAAUUCAGUGCUGCUAUCAAAGAUGAAAAAGCUCUUAUUGGCUGCUCCAGUACAAGUCAACCUGUAUCCGUGGCUAGUCAUUCUUCGGGACAAUCAAUAUACACUAGUGGCCAGAAUCCAGUUGCCAAAAAGGCAGUUAUUAUCAAGCAGGAGAUACCUGUGGCCAAAGCUGAAACUCAGAAUGCCAUUUCUCAAUUUUAUGUUAAUCCACAGAGGCAGCCACAAACUGCAGUUGUUGCACAGCCUCAAGCUUUACUAACAACUCAGGGAGCAGCACAGCUGCUCCUUCCACUAUCUAUCCAGGGACCGAAUUCUACCACUUCAGUGCAGCUACCAGUUGGAAAUAUAAAGUUACAGGCUCAAUCACAAGCUGGAAUACAGACCCCACCACAAACACCUGCUCCUCUUGCCUCCUCUGGCCUGGUCCAGACAGCACCUCAGAUGCAUACUCCACAAUCAAAACAAAAUGCCAUCAUGCAGCAUGCACUUGGUCAGGCUCAACAAAUCAGAAAGGUUUUCCCACCUACGACAUCAAAUACAGUAUUUCCCUAUCAGACUCCACCAGUUACAACACCUUCACAAUCUUUUAUUAAUAAAACAUCAAACUCUAACAUUCACACUGCUAGUAACCAGGCUCCACCUGUGCAGAAUGGACCUGCUACUCCUAGUAAGCCUGGCUCUCCAUCUCAGGCCCAGCCUUAUAUUGUUCAACAGUCUCUCUUCAACAACACAGUUUCCAAGACAAAAGAUCCCCCCUGUUAUGAAGAGGCCAUAAAACAGACCCACAGUAUUCAAGCAGCUCCCCGUGAGAUUUCCAGUGCACACAGUCAGCAAAUGGACGACCUUUUUGAUAUUCUCAUCAAGAGUGGAGAGAUUUCCCUUCCAAUAAAGGAGGAACCAUCUCCCAUUGCUAAAAUGAGACCAGUUACAGCCAACAUCACUACAAUGCCAGUGAAUACAGUGAUAUCCCGCCCACCACCACAAAUCCAAAUGGCACCUCCUGUGUCCUUAGAACCAACCAACUUGUUAAUAAGUUUGGAAAACCAACUUGAAGCUCUCUUGGAUGGAACUUUACCUUCAGGUAAUGAAAUCCCACAACUGACAAGCAGUAAUGAGGACAGAGAAUCAUUUUCUUUAAUUGAGGACCUUCAGAAUGAUCUGCUUAAUCACUCCAGCAUUUUAGAUCACAAUCAUUCACCCAUGGAAACCUCUGACCCACAAUUUCCCACUAAUAAUUCUUGUCUAUCUCUUGACCUUCCUGACACAAAUUUAGACAAUAUGGAAUGGUUAGACAUUACGAUGCCCAGCUCCUCAUCUGGACUCACUCCUCUCAGUUCUACUGCCCCCAGUGUGUUUUCCACUGACUUUCUAGAUCCGCAAGACCUGCAGUUGCACUGGGAUUAAGCUACAGCCAAUGAGAACACAGCUUGCAUACCUGUUUACAGCAUAGGUCCAUUCUUAGAUGAUUCUGGUUGCAGUUGAGAGUUUGAGAAAAAUUAACAGAAAUGUUUGGAAGAACAAAUGCUCGAAGCUAAUUCCUUAUUGAUGUUCAAGUUUACAACAAUAAAUUAAUUUAUGCUCUUCACGCUCCUAUCAUUAAUGCAGGUCAGGGCCCUUGAAAGCUGUAGUUCACAAGUCAAAGGAUGAUUGUACUUACUGAUUAAGAGUACCCCAAGGAAAAUGCAUCACAAAUGUAUAAGAAAGAAAUAGUAUGACUGACUUUGUAACACUUAAACAAAUGACACAAUGUGGCUAAUCUUAGAUAAGAAAAAUAAGUGAGACUUCAACUCUCUGUAUUGACACAGUGAGCAGCUGUAAUUUGUGGGAAGGUGAGAUAUCACUGCACUUCAUUGUUCCUGUGGAUAGCCUGAGCCAGGUUCAAAAUUUUUGUGAGGGCAAAGGCAAGUAGAAGCACUGACUGGUUCAGUGAAAUUUCAUGUAUCUAGUGUCCUAAUUUGCUCAAGCUGUUUUUAUAUUUUGAUUUUGUGGUUUUUGAAACUCUUCUCCCAUUCUUUAAUUCUGAGGGAAGAAUUUAACUGCAUCCGAAGGGAUAUUAAGUGUAACUGCAAGAAAUCCACUGUAGCUAGGCCAGGUAAUAAUGAGAACACUGAAUUUUCUAGAGCAAUGCUUUUGAUUUAAUAGCUAGGUUUUAAUGUGUAUAUCAGACAGUUAUUUGUAUACUCUUUCAACUUUGUAUUGUUUAUUUUUGUGAACAGAGGGGAACAGUGGUCCUCAAAAAAAAAUCAAAAGAUUGUAAUAUUGGAAAUAACAAAUCCUAUUUUAAUUUGUGCUUGGGGAUAUUGUUAGAAUAUUCAAUCCAGUAUCUCAGCAUAUUAAAAAAUUUUGAGGAAGCAAAAAAAUGUAAUUAAUCCUGUUGCACAUUCUUAUCUUGCAAACAUCUAUGCAAGAAUAGUCCCAAAGACAUCAGUAAAAAAUCUGUGUAGGAUUAGGCCCAGAGUUGCAGGGGACAGUACUGACAGAACAACCAUAAUUUCUUAAUGAAUGCUGUAUCUAUUGAACAGCUUCAUCUACCACUACUUAACAAAUUCUGUUUAUCUUCCUUUGUGUUAAGUAAGAACCCUAAAUAGCCCUUACUGAAAACAAUAAAAGGUAAAUAAGUAGUAUCAACAUAUCACUGAACAGUGUAAGAAGUGAAACAGAUAAUAGCAAAAAUUAAAUUCUUACAGCACAGCAUGUGAAAAAGUAAUUAAUAUUCUUUUCAGUGAUAUUAUGAAGGUAGUCAGAAAAAUAAGCAAAAAAUUAAAACAAGAAUAAAAUAUGUUGAAAUUCUGUAGUUAUCUCUCAGAUGUUAGCAGUUAGAUACUGCAAUAGAUGAUAUACACUGAUAAUCAGACAUAAAAUAGGAAUUAGUUCCCAUUAAGGAAUUUCCAAAUUAAGAUGAAAUAGGAAACUAUUUCCUUCAUAACACAUUUCUAUUAUGUUUUCUAGUGUGAAAACUGAUCUCAUUUCACAACUCUUUCCUUAUCACCAGUCUUCAAGAAUAGUGCUGUAGGAACUAAUGAAAAAGUGUUAUGAAGCUUUUGCCUACUUCUUCGAGUAAUGAUCUGCAUCAAAGAUACAUUGAAAACAAAAAGUAGCUGUUAGCAACAAGUUUCACAUUAAAAAGAAAAAGUUAAUAUCAAACUAUAUUUUAAAUUUUUUUGCCAGAAGUAGUUGUGGAAUUAUCUGCAAUUUUAGUGUUUCCAGAUUUCCAGUGCAUUCUGUUUUAGUAAUACUACAGAAUUCCAUUGACUGCAGAUAAAAUAAUGGGCUGUAUCAUUGAUUCAAGGCUUAAAUUGGGAUUAUAUGUUUGCAUCAUACCAGUUAUUAGUAUUCUAAAUCUUUAUACCUUCAACAGACUGAUAGUCUAGAAUUUAAUUUAAAAGUAGACACAAGAAAAUAUCUAUCAGGGUUGUCAUAACAGCAGAUGAAGCUGAAAGACAUACCUCCUAAUCCCUUCUUGCUGUGCCUGCAGUACUCGAGUACGAUAUAAUAUAUGGACUGCCUGCCUUUAAUUAUGAUGGUAUAGGAUUGUUCGCUAAUACUGAACAAAUACAUUCAACUUAGCAUUCCUUUUAAAAAUAUUUUCUUGGGCGCUAGUAUUCUGAGAUACUAAGUGCUCUCAGAUGUUAUUAGAAUUUGUCUUUUAAAGAUGACUUUCUUGUUUUGUUCAGAAGAAUCUGGAUGAAAUUUAUAGUAUUCUAUAGUACUGUCAAUUUAUUGCAUGUUAUAACUAGACAUAUCUCGGUGUCAUGUGUGGCAUACAACGUGAUAGCAGACUGAAGAAAAUAAUAAGAUUACCCCUCUUUGACCCUGCGUUCUGAUUAAAUAAGAAGCAAACAAGUUAAUUGUUUGAGGACAGAUUAACCUAGAGCAACUGUACUGUCAUAGUCAAUGUGCAUGUAAAUAUAGCUUGAAACUGGCAAAGUCAUCUUGCUACAGAACUACUCUCAUUGGCAGUGUAGAAUGUUAACUAAUCCAUGGAAUCUAUGUGCAGAAGUAAAUCCAAACAGUUGAGAUGUGUUGUUACCAGUACAAUAUAGCUUUCUACCCUGAAAGUUUAUUUGAAAAAAAAAUUUAAAUAAAAAAAGGGAUCAUUUUAGUUUUUAAAGUACGACUAUUCUAGUGUAGGAGAUGUGUGAUUAUUUUUUGUACAUUUCAGAAUUAUGUGUAUUAAAACCUUAAAUAUAAUGGUUUGCUUUAGACUUUGUUCUGAAAUGUGAUAUAUUUGCUAUAGGUAUAUAUGCCUGUUACAGCAGAAAUAGAUUUUGCUUUUGUGUGUGCAUGUUUUACAUGAUAAUUUUUGUAACACAAAUGCAACACAUCUUUGAAAUUUAACAGUGACUGUACAGUUUGAUUGUACAGAAUUGAAUAUUUCUCAUUAUGAGAACAGUUGCAAAGGAAUGCACUGGCACAAAAUUUUCCAUAUAAUGGCUGCAGUAUGCUAACAGAACACAUGUCGUAAAUGUGCUGUUAGUAGAUGCUUAUGAAGUAAUUAAAAUUAUUUUUAUCAGAAUGAGAUUCAAAAGUUGGCGUUUAGACAUCAACACAUGGAGAAAGCUCAGACACACAUUUUACAGGGCUAAUGUUAAUAAAGAAAUGUUGCACCCUGCAUUUAAUACAGAAAUGGUAUUGUUAUGCACUUUUAGUGCCAUUCAGCAUUAGUUAAUGCAAGUAAGUUUACAGGCAAAACUUCUACUUAACAUCAUAAAUAGUUAAUAAAUCAUUAUUACAAAUUUAGUGUUUUUCUCUGAGAAUAGAAUGAAUUUAUGGCAGUUGUUCUCUUCACAAGUUUAAGGUCUAAUCCAACCAUGUGGGUUUGGAGAAUUAGGCCUUGAAAAAGCUGACACACACCUUUUAGAAAUAAUCGUAACUUAAUACUGAAAUUAAUCUUUUUUCAAUGUAUUUCUAAAUUCACCAGCAGGAGUCAUCCUCAAGGAAACAGGUUAUCAAAAUAGAAGUUUUGAUAUCAAACUUCCUUAUGUUACAUAAUCUCAAACAUUCAGAUGCCUGGAAAGUAUAGGCACCAAAACUGAAAACCAAGCACAAGCUGUUGACCUGCUUUCAAGGCAGAGAAAAUACAAUCACAAAAUAUGUUUAACUGGAAGGGCAUUAUGUAAUCAAAACACAAUAAAGCUUCUUGAUGUAUUCAAUUAUUAUUAGAAUGGCAUCUUCAGUGUAUUUUAAAUUUAAUCAAAUUCUAUUAAAACUGGAAAAAAAUAUCGCUAAUAAACCUUGUGUUGAAACAUUUUACGUUAAUUAAAUUGCCAUUAGAUGACUUUUAGACCAUACUACAGAUUUUUUUAAUAUGAGGUAUGUGGAAUGGAGUUGUUUAUAUUAUAUACAUGGCCAAUAAAGAGUAUACUUAAAACCUGAACCUGAAAUAAUCUCAAAUAGUCUUUUUAUACCAGUUUGCUAGGUAUAAAUCUAAAGUGCAAAAAAGACACCUGCAUCCUUCUGUAGUGUCUGAUACUGAACGUAAACACUUUUUUUAAAAAAGCACAUAAAUGCAUUUGUAGAAAUCUAGCCAAAAAGUUAUUAUAGCUAUGAGAGCAAAAUUUCACUAAAAAGCAGGGAAUAGUUACCUACUAUAUCAUUACACUAUUUUUAUAAAAAAUACCAUUCAUAUAGUCAAAAAGACAGCCUACAAUAUACAAAAUUUUAAUAGGAACCAAAGCAUUGCCAUUUAUAUUGCCAAAGGAGGCACUUUGUAUUUUGAAGCAUAGGAAAGUGAAUCUCCCAAAAUAUUACCUGUAAUUUUUUAAAAUUUAAAGGAUGUAGAUAUUUUUAAAGCUGUUUUUGAUGUUUAACAGUACAGGUUUGUUUUUGUUGUUUGAGAAAUUUGUAUUAAGUAAUAGCACAGGCUUUACUCCAGAUCGGAUUUUUCUUCACUGUAUAGCUUGCAGUAGAAGUAACGCUAACCCUAGCAGGUGUUUCUCUUCUUAUUUUCAUAGUCAUUAUUAUGUCUUAGCAUCUCAUUUUGUGAAAAGAAGAAGAUAGAUACCUCUCUCUAGGGCCCUCUUCAUUUAAGCACUACUUUACUAAAUACAAAUUAUGGCAAUCAGGGCGUUAUGUAUUGCCUUUCUAUAAGAAACCAUGAUGCCUUUGUAUUUGCUGUUUGCACCCCUAAAAUCAAUUCCAUAUGUCUGAAUGCCAUAUGUUUUGCACAUUGUACUGUAUAUUUGUAAUGCAUACUGUAUUUUUAUAUGUGUAGUACAUUUAUCAAAUAUUUUGUACAUAGUGGCAAUAUUGUAGCUACUGAGGAAAUGUUUGAUAUUUCAGCAUUUUUGCUAAGUGUCUCAAUAAAA